AAAGUCAAGUCUUAUCAUAAUCAUGAAUGACCAACCGACCCAAGGAAGCUUACUCUGACUUGCCAAGGUACACGAUUUAUUAUACUAUAAAUACAGUUGUAUCUUGGUAUCGAAGAUGUUCAAUUUUACAAUAUACAAAAAUGGAAUUCAAAAAUAGUAGCAUCGUUCUGCAUCUAUUUCUAUCACUUCUUAUUCAUACGCAAGUCGAAGCCGUUGAUUCACUUAACCAAACAACUCUCUCAUCCAUUGAUCAAAAGCGCCAUCUCGGAACCGUAGAAACAAUAUCCUUUCCUGCGGAUUUUAUGCGAAGACAGCUUGCCGGAGGAGGGGGUAGUAGCGGCGGUGGCGGAGGUGGAGGAUCUCGAGGCGGUAGCUCAGGUGGAAGCAGCGGUGGUGGUGGUGGAGGAUCUAAAGGCGGUAGCUCAGGUGGAAGCAAAGGUGGUGGUGGUGGUGGUGGAAGUCGCGGAGGUGGCCGCAGCCGGGGAGGAAGCAGCGGCGGAUCUGGCGGUAACAAGGGUGGUGGAGAUGACGGUGAUAGUGGGAGCGGGGGUGGCAGUGGCGGUAACGGAAAUGGAGGAAACACUAUACCAUCUACGACUACUACUCAAGGUGGUCGAUUUCCAAGCGGUGGCAUCCGCCUUCAACAUUCUUUAGUGUUUUUCCUCUUCACGAUCAGUUUAGUUGUCCUUAUCCUUAAUAAUUUUUAGUGUUUUCUCUCUUCUUAAUGGUUUUUUUUUCUUUUUGUUUAGGUUAAAAUAGAUUGAAGAUGGUAGUCUAUAGUUUAUUAUUUAGAUUCUUGGAACCAUGAUGAUGGUUAUUUUCUUUUCUGCAGAUCGUUUGUUAUUUCUAGUUGAAUUAUGUAAAAGUUAUAAAGUGGAUUUGUGUUC